GAUUUUCUUGCUCUGCCUUCUCCAUCUCCUAUAUAAUCCCCCAAAUCCCUCGCCCAACUCCGCUCCCAAAACAUAUAAAGCCUCCAGAUUUCGAACCUCCUCGCUCCCCCAGCUCCCUCUCUCCUCCGGAUUCGAACCAAUUCCCACCUCCCCACCGCGCUCCAGGAUCCCUCCGGCAGGCCCCAGAUCCGACCGCCGCCCCGAAGAAUCGAUCCGCAGGUGGAACGCGAUGGCCACCUUCGAGCUGUACAGGCGGUCCACCAUCGGCAUGUGCCUCACCGAGACGCUCGACGAGAUGGUCUCCAGCGGCACCCUCAGCCCCGAGCUCGCCAUCCAGGUGCUCGUCCAGUUUGAUAAGUCUAUGACGGAGGCGCUGGAAAACCAAGUGAAGAGCAAGGUUACCGUCAAGGGCCAUCUGCACACCUACAGGUUCUGCGACAACGUGUGGACGUUCAUCCUGACGGAUGCGUCCUUCAAGAACGAGGAGACCACGGAGCAGGUCGGCAAGGUGAAGAUCGUGGCCUGUGACUCCAAGCUUCUCACCCAAUAAACAGCUCGCGUAGUAGCCAGGGGGCCUGCCCGUGGCGGGGAUUUGUUCCCCGCGGCCCCUGCUAGAUCCGCCUCUGCCUGAAGAACCGCGCCACCACCACAUUGCUGUUUUCAUACUCAGUAGAAUCUCCAGUGACACCUGAGCCGCAAACUCGUUCAGAUUCUUUUUCGUGGCGCUCCUGUAAUGUUUUUCAGAACUCGCUGUGUUGAUAAUGCGACAAUCCUGAAGACUAAAAUGAGUAGUAGUAGAAACUUUUAUCGGAAAUCACCCUCUGUGUGACUUGUUCAUCAGACUUA